CCAUAUUACUAACCUUUAGGCGGGGAGACGUAAAUUGAUUGAAAACAUCUAAGAAUUUGACCAAACGUCAGUUUAGUGCAUAAUAAUAAAUUGUUCACUUCAACGUUGUAAGCAAGUUUGUUUGAAAAUAAGGUGAAUAUUGUCGAUUCUCAGUAUUCAGAAUUCAUGCCGGACUGAUCAGGAAAGUAGUUUUUUCGGUAUGGAAGAUGAUUUCAAAGAAAAAACGACUGAAAGUAACGAUGGGUUAGUAAGUAAUGGAGAAAAGCCAAUACGAGAUGAGCCAGAAAAAGUGACCAGUGAAGAUAUCAAGAAAAGUGAAGAUACAGAAGCAGUGCAGUUAAACGGUGAUGCUUAUUCAGAUAAGGAAUCUGAAGAUACUGAUAGCUCAGACCAUAAUUUGGUAAUAGAUGAAAAUCCUCAAAAGCCACCAAAAAAGAGGAAGAGGUUAGGUUCGAAAUCAAAAAGUGGAGAAGUGGGUUCAAAGAGUAGUGGAUUUAAAGGUUUUAAAAAACUUAAAUCCCAUGAAGAAUUAGAGCCCUUAACAAAUCCAUAUUUUAAUGAAUCAAUAGUAGAACUAUCUGAGCUUCAUCAGAAAAUUAACUUAUUAUACAAUAGAAAAUUAAGCAACAGUUCAAGUGAAGGGACUAAUUCCUCUAAUUCCAAAGAUAUUGAAGUAAUAGAAGGUGAGGCAAACAACUUUGUUGUGAAUCCUUGUAAAAAAGAUCAAAAUAAGAAGAACAAAAGGACUAGCAGCCCUAAACUCCGUGAAUAUGCUCAGUAUUUAGGACUCCAACCAACAGUGCAGUUUAAAUGUCCCAAAUGUUCUCAGAGUGGUUUUCCUUCACUAGCUGUGCUAAAUGAACAUCGUUUAACUUGUAAUGAGCAGCUACCCCAAACACCAUCCAACAGUUUGAAUAAUCCCACUACUCCUUCUACAAAUUUUCGUGUAACCAGAAAGGUGUAUUUGUGUUCAGCAUGUGGAACUUACUAUGAAAAUUGGAAUCUGUUUUUGCAUAUGCGUGAAGUACACAAGCGCUUCAUCUGUUUAUAUUGCUUAGGCAUGUUCUCACACUCCGAAAAGCUUUCAUUACAUUUAGUUUCUAAACAUAAUUGUGUGCCAAACAAAUUUACAUGUAUUGAAGAUUUUUUUCAACUGCAUAAAGAACCUUGUUUUUUAGUGUGUUGUGAUUGUGAAAAGGCAUUUAGUGAGCAGGACAACUUUAUAAAUCAUACAUGUGAACCAAUUGCUCAUACAACUACAGAGUUCAAAAGUAAAUACAGUAGUGUGAGAAACAAUGCCAACCAGAAAGUGGUAAAUAAAGGAUCAAAAAGUGCAAAAAGUAAAACUUUUGUUGGACAUGUGACUGCAGAUAGUCAUAUUGAUAAUUCAAAUAGUGAUGAUGAAGGUAAAAGCAAAGAAAACAAUUGCUUAGAUACAGAACUAAAUGAAAAUGUAAGUGAUAAAAAUCUCAGUGAUGGAGCAAUUCAUGAAAAAAAUGAAGUAGAAAAAUUGAAUGAUCAGCCAAAUCAAGAUAAAAUUCCUACAGAAACUACUAAAAGUGCAGGACAACCAUUUGUUAGCAAUCUGCUUAAUCAAAGUGUCAGUGAAAAUUCACAAGUUAUUGACAGCUAUCAAAAUCAAGAAGAUAGCGGGAAGCCAAAUUUCAAUCCAGGUGAUGAUUCUGAAAAAGCACUUACAAAUUCAAAUGAAAUUAACAGAGUUGGAUCACCUAUUUCCAAUCACUCAAUAGAAAAAGAGAUCGAAGAAGGAGGGAGUGAAGUUGAAAAUUCAUUAGAACAGAGAAAAUCAGCUGAAAUGUUAAGUGAUUUGCAACAGGAUCUGGAGGACUCACUAAAAUCGUUUUCUGAAGAUUCUCAAUUCGAAGACACACGUAGAGUUCCUAAAGUUACUUUAAAGCUACCAAAGACUGUUUCUUCAUAUACAAAUUCUGAACCAGAAGAGAGUGAUGAUAGUGAAAAAUUAACUCUGGAAGUUGAGCUCCCUGAAGAAAAUAAAAGUAGUAAUAAUGACAAUGAAAAGAAGCAAUCAAAUAUAAAUGAUGUUUCCAUACCAGUGGCAGGUCCAGAUGUCCCAGUUAUUGAAUUAGAAUUAGAACAACCAUUGGACAAAUUUGAUCUGAAAGAAUUGUUGCAAAAAUGUCUAAGUACAACUGCUUCAACAUGUGUUUAUUGUAAUCAUGCAAGAAAGAUUGCAGUAAAUGGCAAGCAACUUGGUUUACAUGCUAUAGCUGAACAUCGCUUUUCUGCAGUUGUUAACAGUAUAACUGCUGAAGAGUUAAUUCCAGAAAGUUUUGUUUCUAGAAUAAAAGAAGACCUAUCUGAAAUAGAAAAUUCAUACUUUAAUUUAGAAGCCAGUACAUGUGAUGAAGCAGUUACAUUUUCUCAUAUAUUUGAAUGUUUUCAGUGCAGAUUUUCAACAGCAGUCCACAAAGAACUAUAUUUACAUAAUCGGAAAAUGCAUGCUAAAACGAUUUUACUUUGCAUAAUGUGCAAAUCAAAUUUUUACAGUUAUAGCGAACUUAUUUGCCACCUUUGCCCAGGAAUAUAUGCCUUGGAUAGCGACGUCAGUUUUCGUUGCUGCAUGUGUGUAAGUGAUGAAUUGCCCUCAGCUUUUCGACUUAUGGUGCAUUUGCGCAAGCGACAUCACGCUUGCGAUGUUUGUUUAGACUUGUGCCACAAUCAAUCAAAGUUGUCCAAUCAUGUGUGGAAGCACAAACUGCACCAUCUUUGCUACCGCUGUGGAAUAGCGUAUAGGAACAAACCCGAUAUUACAAAACAUUUAUUUUGGAAGCAUGGUACAGAAAGUGUUCUCUGUAAGAAGUGUUUACAAAAGAAAUGGCCCCAUGUUUAUCACUUUUGUAUUCCUCCAAGUACAUUUACUUGUGAAGAAUGUAACUUGAAUUUCACUAGAGCAGUAGCCUUGAAAGUACAUAAAAGAAUUCAUAACAAUGAAAAACAGCAUUCAUGUUCAUUUGACAAUUGUACUGAAAAUUUUAUCUCUAAAAAACUUCUGAUUAAGCAUGAGCUAAAACAUAGAGAACCGCCUGAAGAACCUACGCCUCGAAUUUUAGAAACAGAAAUUGUACAAGAAUCUACAGCGAAAGAUGAAGGUGAUUCGCAAGAAGUCGAAGAAAAAGUAGAAGAAGGUGGUCCAGAAAAUACAGAAGACAAGCCUAAGCUAAAACCUAAAGUAGAUGUUUAUGAUCUUCCAGAAUUAAACUUAUCAGAAAGCGAUAGUAGUGAUUCCGAAAACGAAGCCCAAAAGUUCACUAAGACAGAAAUUAAAUCGCCUGAAGAAAAAGUGGAGGAAGAGAUUGAUCAAAAAGAAAAAGGCGAAAAAGCGAGUGAAGAAUUUAAAGGAGCGCUCAAUCUAGAAGUACUAGAACAGAGUUCGAGUAAAGAGCCAGAUAAAAUUGAAAUCCAAGAAUCAGCUCCUGUAUUGGAAAAUAUAUGGGAUGAUUUUAAAAAUUAUCAAGCAAAUAAAGAGAAGCUUGAGAAUCUAGUAUCCAAUGUAAACGGGGCUUUAGAUACUAUUGUGACUGAUAAACUCGUAGAAGCAGCGGAAAAUGCAGCAAAAUCAGAUAAGAUUUUGGAAGAAGAACGACAAAGUCACCUACUUUCCAUUAUAAAUCAAGAGCAUGACUAUUGCAUUAUUGAAAAGGUAAAUGAAGAGCAGGUGGAUGAAAAUCAGACAUCAAAUGAAAUUCCUCAAAAUAUGGAUCACGAUUACUGUUCACCAAGAGAACAAAUUACUAUGUCACCAACAAAACCACCACAAGAACCUAAGCCACCAUCACCAAUCGUAACGAAAUCCAAAACAAAACGAGACAGUUCAUCUGAUUCAAGCAGUGGUAGCGAUUCGUCUAGUUGUUCUUGCGGCUCAAACUGUUCCUGUAGUUCUUCUUCUGGAUCUUCAAGUUCAAGUUCAGACAGUUCUGACUCAGACAGCUCAACUUCUGAGGGAAGAAGAAAGCAACAAGCUCGAAGAGAAAAGGCAAAGGAAAAAUCUAAAAAUAAAAAUAAAGAAGCAAAAAACACAACCAAGACUGAUGCACUUGUUGGAGAUGCUCAAACUUCGCCUUCAAAAACCGAACCUCCUAUAGAAGAAUCAGAUUUAGAAACAACAGAGACCGAAACAGAUGAAGAUUUUUAUGAUAAGCAACCACAGAAAAUUGCUAAAGAAUUGCUAGCGAAGAAGAAAGAAAAACUACUUGCUGGUAUAGGGUCGUUUAUAAACGGUUCAAUUUUAGAAUCUAGUAGGCCUUCUACGCCGAGUUUGCCGGAAACAGAAGAAGUUAAAAUCAAGAAAAAAUCCAAAAACAAGAAAAGAAAACGAAAAAAUAAAAAACACGAACAAGAAGUUCGACGCAAUCCUAACAUUCCUAGCACAAGUUAUCCAUUACAUCAGCCACCGACUCUUCCUCCACUAACAUUGACUUUAACACGUAAUUCUCCUCUUACUUUAACUCAUCCUAGUCCAGCAACUCCUCCUUCUUCGUCUGUUCCCACGGGAGAUGUUUCUAGCAUUCCUCCUGCUACAGGUUCUGAUGAUUCUUCAACAAGAGCAUCAAAAAGAAGAAGAGUGCCAAACAAAUUCUAUGGUUAUUCCAGUGAUGAAGAAGAGCAAAAGCGACAACCACCUGUUCUAAAAUGGAGGAAAGCUGACUUACCUUCACAAAGUCCGAAACCUGCUCCUAGUUCUCCGUUGCUUGUUCCUCCAAUAACUAUUAAAACAUCGCAGCCUCCACCGCCAUCUUACGACAGUUUUCCAGGAGGAACACAUUAUGUUACACCUCAGCCUUCGCGCGUGCCACCUUUUAUAAGAAAUUUCACUCCGCCUCAGCCCACAGUGCCAAGUACGCUUAUGCAAGACAAAGAUAGCGCUUCAGACACGAAUGAAAGUACUUCAGAAGAAGAGACUCCUCCGCCCAUCACGGUUUCGCCUCAAAAACAAACUCAACAGCAGGUUCCUCUAUACUGCUACUGUCGGUGUCCGUAUGAUGAAGUGUCGGAAAUGAUCGGUUGUGAUGCUAAUGACUGUGCAAUUGAAUGGUUUCACUUUGAAUGUGUGGGUAUUAUGGUGCCGCCCAAAGGACAGUGGUUUUGUCCAGACUGUAGAAAAAAGAAGCAACAAAAGAAGGAACUGCAAGUUUAGAACUCCUUUAAAAUUGUUGUGUUUGUCAUAAUUUAAUUGACUUUUACUUCUACUUGUUUAGAAAAAGAAAACGAUAAGUACAACAAAGACGUGCAAAAUUGUUUUUUAGUUAAAGUUGGAUAAUGUUUUUCUGGUUUAAAAAAUACCGUUGAGACCUUUUGUUGCUGUCAGCGAUGUUGACCGGCCAUUCGUCUAACGAAUAUUUAUUGAGCAAUUGUUUAAUAAAAAGUAGUAUUGUAGUAUUAUGAUACGUUGAUCGAAGUAGAUAGUGUAUGUAUAGUUGUAAAUAUUGUACUGUAUAUAAAAUCGUGUAUGGAUUUUUUUGGUGAAGACAUUUUGUUACAUUUAUUUUGGCCAUCACAUUGUACUACGAAAACUUGUAAAUAUACAUUACUCUCUUUCCACAAGAAAGUUGAAAUUGUGCAUUGAAAUGAUACCCUAGUUUAGAUCUGAUAUUUUCAGUAUCAAAGUGUAUGUCACUAUAAUAAAAUAUCUAAGCGAA